AUGGAAUUCCCGGGUGCCGAUACUGGAUCGGACGGCUGCAUAUUGCCCCCUCAUCCGCCUUCCCCUAUCUCCGAGAGUUCGGGAGAUAAACCUUCAUCGGGUCCGUCCGAUCCGUCUUUUCCCGCCACUCCUUCUCAAGCGGCCAAGGAUGCAAAAUCAGGAUUUGAGCUUUUGCGUCGUUUGAGUCUGAAAGAGACACCUCUCGUGCUGGAAUCGGAUCCCCGAGAUGAGUAUCCGGGUUUACAACUUACUGGCCGACUCAUCAGUGCCGCCUUUUGCAUUCCCUACAAACUGAAAUUUCGACCAGGCUGUGACUGGGAACUAAAACCCCGUCCCGGAACUUCUGCUCUGUUUGAUUCUUUCGCACACCUCGGCUCCGACGAAGCACGAUGGUCCCAUACACUCGUUGGCUGGACCGGCGAAGUUGAACCGGUCCAAGAGGCAACUUUGCAACACAUUCCCCUAAACACCAACUCGAAAUUACCAAAUACCGUAAAUGGUACAUGUUUGCCUCCUCUUAACAAGGCGGCAGCACCAGUGCCCGUCGACACCACUGAACGACCGCCCAGUCUUCAUAUCCCGGAAGGGGUUUCGGUCCCCGCAGAAGACCGGGGGCGGCUUGAUCGCCAACUAGCUUCAGGCCGGUAUGGUAAAAUCGCGCCCGUUUGGCUAGCAGCUGAAUCGGAGCUGCCCGAUGACACAAUAGUGCUGGCGGAUCAAGGCAGAUGGAGACGAUAUGCAGAACGAGAAUUGUACCCUCUGCUUCAUUAUAAACAACAUGGGCCAACAGAUGGGCGGUCGGAGCGCAAGUGGUGGGUGGAUUAUGUGCGAAUGAACCGCCUUUUCGCGGAUCGCAUCGUGGAGGAAUACCGAGAAGGCGACAUUGUCUGGGUUCAUGACUACCACCUUUUUCUCCUACCCAGUAUGCUGCGACAAAGGAUUCCAAACAUUUACAUCGGCUUCUUUUUACAUGCCCCCUUUCCUAGCAGUGAGUUCAUGCGUUGCCUGGCCAAGCGCAAGGAGGUUCUCACCGGCGUGUUGGGUGCAAACAUGAUUGGGUUUCAAACAUUUUCCUAUUCUCGCCAUUUUUCAUCCUGCUGCACUCGCGUCCUAGGAUUCGAUUCAAACUCUGCGGGGGUCGACGCAUACGGUGCUCAUGUGGCCGUGGAUGUUUUCCCCAUUGGAAUUGAUGCCAAGGCGACCCAGAAGAUUGCUUUUGGGCCCACUGAUAUUGAGAAGGCCGUGGUGGGGACCCGCAAGCUGUACGCGGGGAAGAAGAUAAUUGUUGGCCGUGAUCGACUGGACAGUGUUCGUGGUGUCGCCCAGAAGCUACAGGCCUUUGAAUUGUUCCUGGCGCGGUAUCCCGAGUGGCGCGACAAGGUUGUGCUGAUUCAGGUUACUAGUCCUACCAGCGUCGACGAAGAAAAAGAGGAAAAUAAAAUAGCUAGCCAGAUCUCCAAGCUGGUCUCUACCAUCAAUGGCCGUUUCGGCUCUUUGAGCUUCUCCCCCGUCAAGUACUAUCCUCAGUAUCUUUCCCAGCAGGAGUACUUUGCGCUGCUGCGGGUUGCGGAUGUUGGGCUGAUUACUACGGUCCGAGACGGUAUGAACACGACCAGUCUGGAAUAUAUCAUAUGCCAGCAAAACAAUCACAGUCCGUUGAUUCUUUCCGAAUUUUCUGGAACGGCCGGAACCCUACCCAGCGCAAUUCAUAUCAAUCCUUGGGAUACGGCGGGCGUUGCUGGGGCCAUCAAUCAAGCUUUGAUGAUGUCGUCUGAGCAGAAGCAGUCUCAGCACCUAAAACUAUAUAAACAUGUCACGACGCAUACUGUCUCGGCUUGGUCCAAGCAAUUCAUCACUCGGCUGCUGACCAACCUGUCUUCCUUUGACCAAUCUGUGGCGACCCCGGCCCUCGAUCGAGCCAAGCUGUUGAAGCAGUACCGUAGAGCACGGAAACGACUUUUCAUGUUCGACUAUGACGGCACACUCACCCCAAUUGUCAAAGAUCCUCAGGCCGCGAUACCCUCCGACAGGGUUUUGCGAACGAUCAAGUCUUUAGCUGCAGACCCUCGCAAUGCGGUGUGGAUCAUCAGCGGACGUGAUCAGGCCUUUCUUGAUGAGUGGAUGGGUCAUAUACCUGAGCUGGGUCUAAGCGCAGAGCAUGGGUGUUUUAUCCGGAAGCCUCGUUCAGAUGACUGGGAGAAUCUGGCUGAGCGAUCCGACAUGGGCUGGCAGAAGGAGGUCAUGGAAAUUUUCCAGCACUACACUGAGCGAACGCAAGGGUCCUUCAUUGAGAGAAAGAGGGUGGCCCUUACGUGGCAUUAUCGACGUGCGGAUCCCGAAUACGGUGCCUUCCAGGCUCACGAGUGUCGCAAGCACCUGGAAAACACCGUAGGGAAGAAGUGGGAAGUGGAAGUCAUGGCAGGGAAGGCCAAUCUGGAGGUGCGACCGACGUUUGUCAACAAAGGAUUUAUCGCCACCCGACUCGUCCAGGAAUAUGGGUCGGGCCCCGGGAAGGUGCCCGAGUUCAUCAUGUGUUCGGGGGAUGACUUUACAGAUGAAGAUAUGUUCCAGGCCCUUGGGAAGUUUGAUCUUCCGUCAGACCAUGUCUAUUCGGUGACUGUUGGCGCAAGUUCAAAACAAACUGCUGCCAGCUGGCACCUUCUGGAGCCUGCCGAUGUUAUUGAGACCAUAUCGAUGCUGAACAGCAGCGCUAAGCAGGAAUACUAA